GCGGUGUUGGCCGCUGGAGCAGUUCGCUGCGCGAGUUGAAGCGGGGAAGGGAAGGAAGGAAGGGAAGGGGAGGGUUCGAUGGGCGGAGGGAAUGUGGCGGCGAUCGCUGCUCGUCGCGUCCGGCGAUUCGGCGCCGCCGACCGCGUCCUCGCGCCGGCUGUGAGGCUGUCCGCUCCCCCGCUCUCCUCCUCCUCCUCACUCGCGGGACAUUUUUGCUUGGCAGAUGGACUCUAAGUAACACUAAAUGUUAACUCUGGAAGUUUCAUAAGCGCUGCAGUGGCUGGGAUGUUGCGACAGAACGGUGGCGGCAACAAGCGUGGUUUAGGAUUAACCAAACUGUCUACCUCCAAUUUCUUCACCAUCUCUAAUUCAGGAAACUGGGGGAUGGGGCGCAGCACGAAGAGCAGUUCCCUAAGCAGCAUUAGCUCCAGCUCUGACUGCUAUGACAGCACUGUUGUGGAUCCAGAGUACAUCAUGCAGUUGGUGAACGAUGUCAGGAAAUUUGCAGAUGUUCUGCUUUUCUUGAAAGAAGCCAUUCUUUCAGAAGAAAAUCAAGGUUGUCUGCAUCAUGUUGUUCAUGAGCGUUUGGGUGAACUACUACGUGUGCUAAAGGCCAUAAUUAGCAAACACCAGAGUCUCAAUUCAGUUGACAUCCUAAGUGCCGCAGGAACAGUUAUUGCAAAAGUGAAAGCUGUGAACUUCAAAGAAGUAAAUGAAGAAAAUAAGCGAGAAGUAUUAAGUGAAAUAUUCUCUUCUAUUGAUACAUUGGCAUUCACCUUUGGCAACAUCGUUUCAGACUUCCUUAUGGGAGAUGUGGACAAUAGCUCAACACUGGGUCUUCCUGUAUCUCGGCAAAGUCAGUCUUUUGAAAACCUUUCUGUGGAUUCUGGGGGAUCACUGCAUGAAAAGGACGAACAAGGAACAGGGCAUCUCAGAGCUGAAGAAAUUGAUAGUGUUCUCCUAAGAAAUGAUAAUGGCAUUGAAUUGGCUCUAUCCUACGCUAAAGCAUGGUCAAAAUAUACGAAGGACAUAGUUGCAUGGGUAGAAAAAAAGCUUAACUUGGAAAUGGAGUGUGCUAAAAGCCUGGCAAAAAUAGCAGAAACAACUAAGGCUGUUGUUGGAUCCCAGGAUUACAUGCCAUUCCAGUCAAUAUUCGUAAAUGCAUUCCAGAAUGACAUAGAGAGCAGUCAUCUGUGGCAACAAACAGCAGCAGCUCUCCAAAGUAAUAAAUUUGUUCAGCCACUCCUUGGAAGAAAAAGUGAAUUGGAUAAACAAAGGAAGGAGAUAAAGGAUCUUUGGCAACGAGAACAAAAGAAAAUGCAAGAACUGGAAUCAACUGCUAAAAAGGCAAAGAUAUUAUAUAUUCAACGGCAAGAUGAAUAUGAAAAAGCAAAAUCAUCAACUGUUCGUGCUGAGGAGGACCAUCUGACUUCUAAUGGGAGUAUUAAUAAAGAUGUUAGCAAACUAGAGAAGAAACGAAAACUGGAAGAGGAGGCUCUGCAAAAAGCUGAAGAAGCCAAUGAACAUUUCAAAGCCAGCAUGGCUGAUGUUGAAGAAAAGCGAAAUGAUCUAGAAAAUUUCAAAAGUGAUAUCCUAACACAGCUGCGGGAACUUGUUUAUCAGUGUGAUCUCACACUUAAAGCUGCAACAGUUAACCUGUUCCAGAUGCAACAUGCCCAGGUUGUAUCACUACCAGUUAACUGUCAGUCCCUCUGUGAGAGUGCCAAGCUGUAUGAUCCAGGCCAGAAGUUCUCUGAAUUUGUGAAGACUUUGCCAAAAGAUGAUGUUCCCAUUGAAUCUGGUUCCUUUGAAAUGCAGAGCUCCCAGAUUGGAGGGGUUAAUAAACGAUCAAACAAUAUCCAUACAUCACAAGGAAACUUAUCUCAGUGUUCAGGAGAAUUUCCUACUCCAUCCCUAGAAGAUAUUGUAAGUCCAUCCUGCCAACGCUCUCAAAAGAUUGGAGAAAAACGGUCUUCAAGCAGCACAGAUAUCUCAGCUGUGCGAGGGCCACCACCAUUCAGAUCCUGGUCAGUUGGUAAUCAAAGUGGAGGAAUGUGCAGUGACUCUGAAAGUGUAGGAGGAAGCAGUGAAUCACGAUCGGUAGACUCUCCAUCUGCAAGCCCAGGUGAUUUUAAAAGACGGCUGCCCCGAACACCCUCUACUGGUACCAUGUCAUCUGCAGAUGAUCUUGAUGAGAGAGAACCACCCUCACCUUCAGACUGUGGUUUAAAUGAUCUAGCAUCUGAAAUUGCCAGUUCACCUGGACCUUUUCGAAACACUCUUCUUUCUAAGGCAGCCCAGACACACAAGCUGCGGAAGCUGAGGGCUCUUUCUAAAUGCAGAGAAUGUGAUAGUCUGGUGGUAUUCCAUGGAGCAGAAUGUGAGGAGUGUUCGCUGGCAUGUCACAAGAAAUGCUUGGAGACUUUAGCUAUUCAGUGCGGGCAUAAAAAGCUUCAUGGAAGACUUCAUCUAUUUGGAGUAGAGUUCAAUCAAGCUGCUAAAAAUACCCCUGAUGGCAUCCCCUUCAUCAUAAAAAAGUGCACAUCUGAAAUUGAAAGCAGGGCCCUGAAUGUAAAGGGCAUAUACCGUGUGAAUGGAGCCAAAUCAAGAGUUGAAAAGCUUUGUCAAGCAUUUGAGAAUGGAAAGGAUUUGGUGGAAUUAUCUGAACUCUAUGCACAUGAUAUAAGUAAUGUCCUUAAGUUAUAUCUCCGUCAGCUCCCUGAACCUUUGAUUUUGUUUCGGCUUUAUAAUGAAUUCAUUGGACUUGCAAAAGAGAGCCAGAAUAUUAAUGAGGAAAUUGAUAAGAAACAGGCAAGCCCCAGAACAAAAAAAAGGCAAUCCGUAUGUAUUGAACUGAACAGGAUCAUUCUUAAAAUCAAAGAUCUACUGAAACUGUUGCCUGCACCCAACUAUAAUACACUCCAGUUUCUUUUAGGACAUCUGCACAGGGUUUCUGAACAAUCUGAUGAAAAUAAGAUGUCUGCCAGCAACCUUGGCAUUAUAUUCGGUCCAACUCUGAUCAGACCACGACAGACAGAUGCUACACUUUCUCUUUCUUCACUUGUGGACUAUCCAUAUCAAGCACGGGUAGUGGAGCUCCUCAUUACAUACUAUGAAAAGAUCUUUGACAUUUCUCUGCAGCCUCUAUCAGUUGCUUCUCACCUGGAAGAAAAUGCGGCUGCUUCUAAAAAUACUUCAUCAACUGAAGAUAGAAAACCUUACCAGCAAAGAAAAACACCGCCUUGUGGCAUGAAGGAAAUUACUGUGAAAGAAAGCAUCCAGUUAGUCCAGAAUGAGAGGAAGGAUUCAGAAAUGGGCACCUCACUUGAUGAACCAGAUAGUAGCAAAGGCACUCAAAGAAAUUGCGAUGCAUCCAUGACAGAAUGGAACUACGAAGAUGGAAUUAAACAGAAACUUGACAGGAGAAAUUCUCCAUCAGAACCUCUUGUUUCCUCAGUUCUGGAAAAUCAUAGCACACCUACAAAAGAACCAGGCAAUAUUUUGGCUCCAGUUUCAGAGCAAGACAAUGACCAAUCUUUCCCUCAAAUCGAAGAUGGCAUUAAAGUCAGUCAGUUAACAAGACCAAAUCGUCAAAUGGCCAAGGUUCAGUUACGCUCUCAAAGGACCAAGCCAGUUGUUCGUCCUGUGAGUUUACCUCUAGGUCAAAUGCUUCCUCCCUGUGUUUUGAAUGAAAGAAACUCCCGAAACGUUAGUAGAAAUCCAGGAGAACUUGGGAAAAGUCCUGUUAUUGAAGACAUUUCUGAGACUCAGUUGCUUCCACCUGUGAAUCCUGGCUGCAGGCUUUCUUGUUACGACACACAAACUCUGAAAAAAACUUGGGACAAGCAAUAUAAACAGUAUGAUAUGACUGCAAGGACGGCAAUGAUUGUGACUAAUAUAUCCCAGGAAAAUAGGACACAAGAGUCUGUAAGCACGUGUGCCUUAACUACAUCUAGCAGUCUUGUUAACAAUUCAGUAAAUGCCAUACUUCCUAAUAAGCCAUAUACGGUACCUGUCAGAGCUUCAAGGACAACAAUAGAAGGUCAUUCCGCAGACUCUAAUCCUCUUGCUGCUUUCAGAACACCAAGAACUUUGCAACCACCACCUGGGACAUUUUAUAAACCACCACCCAACUGUAAGGCCAAACCAAAUGAUGAGUGUGCCACACCCAAACCCUGUACAGCAGUAAUCAAAGAUGACAACCCAAAGGUAGUGGUGAACUCUGGGCUUGCCCAGGGCUCCUUGGGAUCCUCUAGUCAGCAUGUAAAACAACAAAAAGCUGGUUCUGAAACUCUUUCUCCUACAGACUCGAAGCCCACUUACCAGAGAUUAAGGCCAAAGCGGAUGCAAGAAAUGGAGCACAGGGAAGCUCACUUUGUAUAGGUCAAUAAAACCUUCUGGAACUGUAAUGGAACUUUCUGGGGUGGGGGGGUUACUUUUCUAGAGAAUAUCACCUUUGUGCCAUAUUAGAAUUAUUUUUAUAUAUACUUGUACAGAUUUUUUUUAAAAAAAUAUGAGAUGUAAACAAAAGCUGUGAAGAAUAAUGAAGUUUUGUUUUUUAAUUCAUUUUUUUGAGUAUUUAAAAGCAUUCCAAAUAUAAAACCAGUUAAUAGAAGGUCGGAGACCCUAUAAAUCUAAUUUUCUGUUUGAAAUUGUCCUCUUGUUUGUGAAAGCCAACUUAUUUUAUUUGGGUGGAGCAAUAAUAGGAGCCACUUAUUCAGAACAAAUGAUUUACUAAGACUGCAGGGUAUGAAAUAUAGCUACUUAAUUUAAGAAUAAACCAAAGCUUGAAGCAUG